AUGCCACCGUCUUCAGACCCUCAAAGUCGAACGUCGACUCCCCGUUCGUUUAUGAAUCAGACCGCCUCCGCCGAAGACCUGCUAAAGUCGCAAACUGUUGGCCUGGUUCACCUCUCUGACUUCCGGAAAAGGCGAGCUGAGGUUCUCGAACAGAAGGAAAGAGAGGCUCAUGAUAAAUCUUUUGGGAGAUUUGCUCAAGGGAACUCUAGGAGCGCGACACCUUCCGGUGGAGAAACAACGGAUGGUGCACUGACGCCCCAAAAUGGGUCUGCGCGACAACCACCCAAGAAAAAGAAGAAGAAGAAGCUAGGACAUCUCUCGAAAAGCAAAUUAUCAUUUGGCGAUGAUGACGGGGAGGAUGCUCUAGAGGCUUCUGGCACUCCAUCUGCGGAUGGUAGCGAUAGGAACUCCCCAUCGAAAACUCCCGCAGAAGACAACCCAAAUCCCCCCGCACGACGCAUCGCGCCCAAUCCUAACCUAUCUGCUCCUCCCCCCAAAGUUAUCACAAAGUCUGCUCUGGAGGCCGAAGCGCAAACCCGAGACGCCCUCCGACGUGAAUUCUUAGCUCUGCAGGAGAAGGUUAAAGCGACUGAGAUAUUGAUCCCGUUUGUGUUUUACGACGGGACGAAUAUUCCUGCUGGGACAGUGAAAUUGAAGAAAGGCGAUCCGAUAUGGGUCUUUCUUGAACGGUGUCGGAAAGUAGGCGCAGAAUUGGGCAUUGGCGGUGCUGGCGGGGGUGGGAGGAGUGGAAGAGGUCGUAGGGACAAUCGUAGGGAAUGGGCAAGGGUUGGUGUAGAUGAUUUGAUGUGCGUUAGAGGGAACGUAAUCAUUCCACACCAUUAUGAGCUUUAUUAUUUUAUUGCGAACCGAGUCCCAAGUUUCACCAAUGCGGGAGGGCUGCUCUUCGACUACUCAAAUACGGCGCCGCCGCAGUCGAGCGAUGAUCCAGAAUCAGAACCCACCCUUGAAGGUGCGGAUAUGGAACCAGCCUUGACGAAAGUAGUGGACCGCAGAUGGUUUGAAAGAAACAAGCACAUCUUCCCCGCUAGCCUCUGGAGAGAAUACGAGCCGGGAGAGGAAUUUGUGGAAAAGAUGGGAAGUAUUAGGAGGGAUAACAAAGGAAAUGCUUUCUUUUUCUAA